UUAUAUAACCACCUCAACCUGAUCAAACAUUUUGCUCACAACUACUAGAAAUUAACAAAGAACAAAGAAAGUAGAAAAACCACUCUUACAUAUUAAGGCUAUGGUCUUACUUCUGAAAGCACUAACCAUGAGUCCAAAGAAAGAAUCUCCUAUAGAUUUUGAAGCUUCACAAAAGAAUAGAAAAUGGGAAGAAUCACUUUCUAAUCAUGAAUUAUUUAAGGAUCAAAAACAUGAUCAAGGGAAAAGAAAAUCCAUCUUUGAUAUAGAACUUCACAUGAAAACACCUUUGCCUUCAGAUAAAUGGCAACAAUACCUCACUGUUCAGUCAGGGCAAAUACACUUGUGUAACACAAGGAUGAAUAUGAAAACACAAGAAUCAAAGAGAGAGUGGCCUUUACCUGAAAAAACAUCACUUGGUCAAAUAAGCUUAGACCUUGAGCUUAAUUUGACAUGUGAGUCAUUGAAGAAAAAAGAUGAAAGUAAUUAUGAGAAUUUUGAGAAGAAGAGGAAGAUUAAUCUAGUGAAUGAAUUAUCAAUUAGCAAGAGUAGUAAAAAUGAUUCAAAUGUUUUAAGUACUACUCCAUCAUGGUUAUCAUCAUCAAAUGGUGAUGAUGAUUACAAAGAAAUGAUUGCAACAGUUUGUAUGAAGUGUCACAUGUUGGUAAUGCUUUGCAAAUCAUCUCCUUCUUGUCCUAAUUGCAAAUUCAUGCAUCCACCACAAGAUCAGAACACUUCUAAAUUUUUGAAGGGAACAAGGUUUAGUUUCUUGUCAUAAUCAACAACAACCACUUCAAUUGGUCCAAUUAAUAAGCCUACUAUGUUAUCUUUUAUUUUUAUUUUAUAUAAAUAUAUUUAAAACAAAAGGAUGGUGUUUAAUCUACCUCUACCAAGUAGUUGUAAUUUGACUAUUAGAAUUAAUUAUGAGUGUCAAUGGGUGACUUAUUAGAAACUAACCUUGUGUAUCAUAAUCAUCAUAUCUAUAUAUAUAAAUCCUAGAUAGUUGUCCAAUUGACUAUCUAAACUCUAA